UUAAUUACCUACCUAUUUAGCUUUUCAAUUUUGAAAUAGUUGUGUUAAGUCAUAAACAGAUACAGUUCAAUUUCGUCCUGCACUGCAACUCAACGGCCCAACAGUAUUCUGUAACGGAGUGCGGACUUUGCGAGCAUGACAAACAUGUUACGUAGUUGGGCCAGCAAUCUCAGGUCUGCUAUAAUAUUGCCUGACAUAUCAAUAGCACGAUUUGAAAGUAAACCAAACACAUGCUGAUGGCGUAGAAAAACGAUCCGAGGUAUCCAUCACAAAUGUUAUUAAACAAGCUAAUGGAAGGAGAACCGAUAACUACGAACAACUUGAUUUCAUCCAUAAAGAGUUUCAACAGUGACGGGAAGGAACACGGUACUUCUAUAAAGGCGCUGUUGAAAAACUUUAUCUUGCCAGAGGACGAAAAAAUGGCAAUAAAAGAAAACAAAACUGACAGCAAUAAUUAUGUAUACACAAUACCCGUAAAACCUCCUACACCAACUCAAAAUGAUAGGAUGAAAUCAAUAAAUGAAGCGAAACUAGCAUUUCUGAACUCCACUGUCAGUUCUGUUAUGACCUCUCCAAAACAAAACGUAAAAGAACAAGAAUCCCAAAUACACUACGCUCAAAUAGCAAUUACUACAGAGAGUGAAGAUACGAGAAGUACAGGUGGAGGGAAAAAUGUGAAACCACCAGUCACUCCCACAAAACAUAAAAUAUCCGUGAGCAAUCUCGUAGAUAAUAAGAAGAAAAUUGAACAACCGCAACAUAGAAAAGUAAGCUUUAAAAUAAAAAAUGCGUCAACUUCAUACAGACGACCUCCGCUAGCGACCAAAACUAUGACAAUAACAAGCAGCAAAGUGUCAGAAUUAACGAAAAAGUUCAACAAUCUUGUCACUGAAUCUCAUAACGGAUCAAUAAAACAAUCUAAACUUGCAAAAACUAUUGAGGAUUUACAAACAGCGACGCGAUGUUCCGCAAGCAAUAGUUCUACUCCUUCAUCAACUCUUAGUUCAAGCCCUAAUAUCAAAAUAGUUCUUCGUCAUAAACGAAAUUCCAAAAAACGAAACCAUAGAAAACGAUGUUCAAGUAUGGAUUCCAUAGACAAAUUAAUUAUAACAGAUAAUACUUCAGCAAAAAUUCGUGUCAUCCGCUCUAAAUCAGAUGGUACGAAAAUCCCAAAAUCUCCAAAGAAGCGUUUAAAAUAUCAAGAUUCUAGUGAACACCAAAGUGGGUCGGACUCAGUGGACGGUACCCCUGUCAAAUCAAUGGAGGCUGAGAAACCCGAGGAAAAAGCAAAGGCACAGAAUGUUGUAAAGAACGUUAUUAAAAAGUUUGAAUGUGAAAUAGCUCAAUCAACUUCAAAUAAUACAAUAAAAAGACAAGUAGAGAAAAUUAAUAAAAGUACAACACCUGUAAAAGAAAAACCUAAAGUACCUGAAAAGAAAUCAUCAUUAGUUUUAACCAAAAAUAUUGUAGUGAAGGAUGGCGUUCCGAAAAUUAAAACUAUCAGACCGCCUCCUCCCGUAGAAGCACUGCCAAAACCAGAUAAAAUUACUAUCAUCGAGCCUAAAAGAAAAGAACCUCUGUAUGAUAAGAAAAAAUAUAAAACAAACUACAUUCAUUCGGAAAAACUGCCUUUAAAGGUAGUCGAAAUAAUUCAAGAAGAUGCAAAUGAAGUAACGGUAAUGCCAGUCAUAACAGAACCGGUACAACCACCCGCGGACAUAACAAUAUCUCAAGGAGAAGAAAAGACAUAUCAAGACAUUAGUUCUAAUAUUACUCCUAAUGACUCAUUUCUAUGGCGAAGAAAGAGUAGCACUCAGAUAUACUCAGACAGUGAGAAAUCUAUUUCGGACAGUCCGUAUAGUUUUAUUAGUGUCACUAUGAAUGAAGUAACAAUAACUUGCACGGGAAACUCUACAGAAGUAACUGGCUUAGAAGAAUCUCAAACUCCUGAAAAGAUAGAAUCUCAAGCUAAUCAAAGUAAAGGCGAUACUGACUCUGAUUUUGAAAGUAAUCUAGUCGAGGCUUACAAUAAAGAGGUUUUAGCUGGUUACACGUCUAAACCCAAAAAGGAGCCAGUUAUUGAAGAUGACUACGAGCCCUUAGAACCAAGAGAUGUCGAUAACGUUGUGAUAAUACCCAUCAAGCCGAUUGAUAGGUCAUCUAAAAUAAAUUGCCCGUUACCAGAAAUUCCCAAGGAAAACCCUACGCAGACUCCAGAGUCCCCAGUCACUGACCCUAAAGACAAUAUUUACCAGUGUCUGAUGGAAACAAGAUCACAUCCCGAAGGUGACGAAAGCAGUUUGCAUAAUUACGAACUAUGCGAUGAACAGUUAGAGGAGAGAACCCGUGGAGAUGGCGACAGUGACGAUGGUUAUGAGUACUGCAAGUCUCCCAUUAAACCCUACUGCUUAACAUCGAGCUCGGGCAUUCAAAUCGCCGAAGACUAUCGACCGUACUCUGAUAACAAUCACAAGAAUUACGCGAUCUCAAAAUCGGUCAGUGGAACCUCCACUGUGAGUUACGAAAAGAUUGGUUCCGAAAGGAUCUACGAGAAGAUUCCACUGCGACCUCCUAAAUCCAAAGACAGUAGUCCCAACUACAGUGACAGGCAUUCCUUCGUAUCGUCCGAUUAUACAGGAUACAAUGAUACGGAGAAUAUUUAUGAUACAAUCAAACACAGCGAUGGAGCAUCAUUGUCGCAUUGCUAUGAAAGCAUACCUAACAGCCCAAGUAUGGUGAAGCUGAGGAAUAAUCUGAAGAAACAGUUGGCCUCUGCUGUCCAGAAGCGCCUGUCGUUUGACACUGUGUCAAAUAUAAGCCAAUCGACGAUGUCGAGCGAGCAAAAGACUAAUAGCAUUUACGGGCAGCGAUCAGUGCUGAGUUAUAAUGGGCAGGAGAUAGCGUUUCAAGUGCCCAGCAGUGAGACGAGCGUCAGCGAUAGAAGCGACAGAAGUGACGACUGGGUCGACGUUUCUGACGAGGAAAAGACUGAAGAACAGAAGAUUAUCAUUGUCCGUGAAAGAAGUAGGGGAAAGAAAAGUCCGGUCAGCUGGUCGCAGAAAGUGAGGCAUCAAUGGCACAAAUCUCCAAAGCAAAAACCAGAGGACAAAGGUUAGUGGCUAGUUAAUUAUUUGUUU